AUGGAAGUCUCCAGCGUCCCUAUGCCCAGCAAGUCGGCUGAAAGCUCCGUGAAGUGGCAGCUAUGUUACGACAUGACGGCAAAAAUGUGGUGGAUGGAUGAGUUCCACCCAUUUAUUGAGGCCUUGCUGCCCCACGUCCGAGCCUUCGCCUACACCUGGUUCAACCUUCAGGCUCGGAAACGCAAGUACUUCAAGAAGCAUGAGAAGCGUAUGACAAAGGAUGAGGAGCGGGCAGUGAAGGAUGAGCUGCUGGGAGAGAAGCCUGAGGUCAAGCAGAAGUGGGCAUCCCGCCUCCUGGCCAAGCUGCGCAAGGACAUCCGGCCCGAGUGCCGAGAGGACUUCGUCCUAGCCAUCACGGGCAAGAAACCUCCGGGAUGCGUCCUCUCAAACCCCGACCAGAAGGGCAAGAUGAGGAGAAUCGACUGCCUGCGCCAGGCGGACAAGGUGUGGCGGCUUGACCUCGUCAUGGUCAUCCUCUUCAAGGGCAUCCCCCUGGAGAGCACCGAUGGGGAGCGGCUGGUUAAAGCCGCCCAGUGUGGCCACCCUGUGCUUUGUGUCCAGCCCCAUCACAUCAGUGUCUCAGUGAAGGAGCUCGACUUGUACCUGGCCUAUUUCAUCAGAGAGAGAGAUAGUGGAAACCCAGCCACCCCCUCCCACAUCGACCCAUCCUCUUCCCAGCCAGGUUACUUCCAGGAAAGCUUUGUUACAUCUGGAGUCUUCAGUGUCACUGAGCUCAUCCAAGUCUCCCGGACACCUGUGGUGACAGGCACAGGACCGAACUUCUCCCUGGGCGAGUUACAAGGGCACCUGGCCUAUGACCUGAAUCCUGCCAGUGCGAGCAUGAGAAGAACACUGCCCAGCACAUCCUCCAGUGGCAAACGACACAAAUCGGGAUCCCUGGAGGAAGACGUGGACACGAGCCCCGGCGGGGACUACUACACGUCACCCAACUCCCCGACGAGUAGCAGCCGCAACUGGACGGAGGACAUGGAAGGGGGGAUCUCACCCACAGUGAAGAAGACUGAGAUGGACAAGUCCCCCUUCAAUAGCCCAUCACCUCAGGACUCACCUCGCCUCUCCAGCUACACCCAGCAUCACCGGCCUGUCAUCGCUGGCCCCGUCCCUCUCUCCUCAGGUAUCACCCGGAGCCCUCACCCCUCCUCUGCGCUGCAUUUCCCUACCACCUCUAUAAUACCCCAGACGGCCUCCACCUACUUUCCCCACACUGCCAUCCGAUACCCGCCUCAUCUCAACCCCCAGGACCCCCUCAAAGAUCUCGUCUCCUUGGCCUGUGACCCAUCCAAUCAGCAGCCAGGACCGUUAAAUGGAAGUGGUCAAGUCAAAAUGCCCAGUCACUACCUUUCCACCCAGAUGCUGGCACCACCACCGCCCCCAGGCAUGCCCCGGCUGGCUAUCUCCCCUGACACCAAAUCUACCACCACAACUUCCGAGGGAGGAACCACAUCGCCGACUUCACCCACCUACUCUGCGCCCAGCACGCCCCCUGCAAACCGUCCCUUUGUGGGAUUAGGACCAAGGGAUCCAGGGGGGAUUUAUCAGGCACAGUCCUGGUAUCUGGGAUAAGCAAAGUUCUCCCUACAUGUCCCUUCUCCUGUGUCUCGGGGCUAUCCCGGGGGGAGAAAGGCAGCCCCCCGGCCCAUGUUUUUGGUGGAGAGCUAGUGCGAGUGAGGACGUCCUCCCAGCCACCCCCCGCCAACAUCCAACCCGACAAAAAAAAAAACAAAAACAAACAAAAACACAACAAAAAGAGACAAACAAAAAACCAAGAAGAAAACAAGAGGUAAGACAGAAAAGUCAGAGACUCUCUCCGAAGAGCGAGUGAGGUUCCACGCCUGGCAGUCAGGAACAUCGUCGCCCCGUCCCCCAGCGACAGACACCCCGGCCAAGGGACAGGCCCCUUGCGUCCAACGGGCACUGCCCAGACGUAGGGCCCCGGGGGGCAGCCUAUGCAAAAC